AUGGGGAAUCCAGAGCGUCAUGUAGCUGAGUCUACAUCGACACUUCCAGAGGCAGAUGGCCUGUCCGAGGCCGAGUCGGCCAGGCUGAUGAGCAAGAUCGACUGGCAUGUCCUUCCAAUGCUCUUCAUUAUCUAUGUCGCCGCCUUUCUUGACCGGGCCAACAUUGCAAAUGCCCUCACCUUGGGUCUGCCGGAAGACCUUGGGUUGACGGGACAGCAGCCUAAUACCGCGCUGGCGGUGUUCUUCGUACCCUACAUCAUCUUCGAAAUCCCUUCCAACAUCCUGAUGAAGAUAUUCACCCCACAUAUCUGGCUUUCUCUCUGUAUCCUUGGGUUCGGUAUUGUCAUGAUUGGCCAGGGUUUCGUGAAGAACUUCGGCGGCCUGAUCGCAACGCGCUUCUUUCUAGGACUGUUCGAGGCAGGCAUUUUCCCGGGGAGUUUCUACCUGAUCAGUUUCUGGUAUAAGCGCCAGGGUUCACUGAAGCGGUUUACUAUCUACUUCUGCUCCGUCCUCUUGGCUUCUGCGUUCGGCGGGCUCCUUGCAUCCGCAAUCGCAAAGAUGGACGGGAUCCGAGGCCUCGGUAGCUGGAGGUGGAUUUUUAUCUUGGAAGGCAUUGUCACCGUCUUCGUUGCGGUCGCCGCGUUCUUCUUCGUCAGCGACUUCCCCAGUGAUGCAAAGUGGCUAUCCCUAACGGAAAGGGAAUUCGUGCUACGGAGCACACGGGAACACGAGUCCAGCACGGGGACCAAGGUUACUCGGCGAGAUCUUGCCGAGUUCUUCAAGGACCCGAAGAACACUCUGGGUGCGAUAAUGUACUUCUCGGUUGUCGUCCCCAUCUAUUCGUUCGCCUACUUCACACCAACGAUCGUCAAGACACUGGGGUACUCGACGGUCCAGACCCAGCUCCAUUCCGUUCCUCCCUUUGCAGCUGCACUUGGGCUGUGCCUCGUUUUGGCGUACCUAUCAGAUCGGUCAGACAUUCGCUUGCCCUACGUGCUUUUCCCGGCGGCCCUCCUCAUUGCAGGCCUUGCCAUCUUGAUGACCACACAUGGUCACUUCUCAGCGCAAUAUGCCGGGAUUUGCUUGGUCUGCAUGGGUGCCUUCGCUGGAGCUUCACUCGUCAUAUGUUGGUACAUCAUGAACCUGGAAGGCCACAAAAACAGAAUUAUUGGAAGUGCCUGGAUGAUUAGUUUCGGCAAUAGUGGGGGCAUAAUAGCCCCCUUCGCUUUCUUGCCGAAAUUUGCACCGGACUACCGCCCAGGCUACUCAACGUGUGCGGGGGUUGCAGCGUUGGGAAUCGUUGCGGCUCUCUGCUAUGCCGCUUGUGUGGUGCGGGAGAGGCGCAGCGUCCGUGGUAACAGCGCAGUAGAGAAGACACAUGUGCUUUCCUUAUAG